AUGAAAGCCUCGGAUGAUGAUGAUGACAGUGAGGACGAAGAUGAAUUUGUGGAGGUCCCUGAGAAGGAAGGUUAUGAGCCCCACAUUCCAGACCACCUGCGUAAGGAAUAUGGGCUAGAACCCCAGUCACCUCCAAAAGCACCGGUGGGGAAGACAUCAAUAGGACGAGCUCCGCUGAGCUCCCACGCCCAGCUGAAAGGGAAUGAAGAUGAACUUGAUCCAACCUGUGCAGCUGCCACACUGAAACUUAUUAGAGACAAACUACCAAAGUUACCACCUCCACAUGCCAGUGACUCUGCCACUACUGAGCCAGCAGCUUUGGAAGAGCCCGACAGUAAGAGAAGAAAACUAGAAGAAGAAAGAGCUAAAGCUCCCCUCAUGCCUUUUGGAUUAGAUCUUCACUACUGGGGACAGGAUCAGCCAAGUGCUGGGAAGAUUCUCAAAUUUGCUUCCGAGCAUCGAUUUUGGGCACCCAGUGAAGUAGAGGAAGAGGUGGAAAAUAAAGAAAUAACUGAAAUGCUACGAACUAGAUAUAUAACGUUUGCUGGCAAGUUUGAACCAGUGAAACAUAAAUGUCGAGCACCAAUGCCUGAUGGAAGUCUGUGUGAAAGACAAGAUCGGAUUAAGUGCCCUUUCCACGGAAAGAUAAUUCCUCGGGAUGAAUCUGGGAUUCCUGUUAAUGCAGAAGACAAAGCCAGAGAAGAAAAGAUGCGGUUUGAGAAGCAAGCGGCUCAACCAGACUGGCGAGAUCCAGAAUUCAUGAGAGAAGUUGAAGCAGCUACAGGAAUCGAUCUUGGUUCCUCUAAAACUGAUGGAAAAGGAGGGAAAAAGAAAGGGAAGAAGAAAAAAUAUCCAAAUCUGACAGACUUGAAGCAGCAGGCUAAUACUGCUCGUUCCCGACUUGAGAAGAAAGUCUUCAAUAAAGGUGCUGUGAAACGGGUGGUGAAAGCAAUGAACCGAGUGGACCAAAGAAAGCAUGAGAAGUUUGCCAACCAGUUCAACUAUGCACUGAAUUAAAUUGUAAUAAAACGAAGGGCAAAGAAGAUUAACAAGAGUGCAACUGCACAGACCUUUAUCACAGAUCUUCAUACUGUGCUAGGUGCAUUUUUACUGAGAUAAUUUUUUUAAUUGUUUUCAACUUUAACUUAUUUGAUAAUGACCAUUAAUUUUGGCAGAGAUGCUGUGUUAUAGAAUGG